AAGAGCAAGUAGUGAAAUGGCCAAAUGGGUAUUUAGUAGGUUUUUUAUCAGUGUACCUUGAGGAGAGAGAAAAGUGAAGUGAGUGAGGUGAGAGGGGUGGGGGGUUGUUUUCUUCUCUGCGUUUUGUUUCGUCACCAUCGUGGGAUGCACGUGGAAGCUGCAGUGUCACUUUUUGAAUUGUAGCCCCGUGAGAAAAAAUGUCGCUUUCUGGGGGUCUUAAAGAUGGAGGUGAACUAAGAAUUUACGACACUGUGGAUGAGCUUGCCACUGAUUUGGCAGAUUACAUUGCUGAAUUGUCAGAGGUGUCAGUGAAGGAAAGGGGAUUCUUUGCCAUUGCCAUAUCUGGUGGUUCUCUCAUUAGCUUGAUGGGAAAGUUAUGUGAAGCUCCCUAUAACAAAACUAUCGAUUGGGCCAAAUGGUAUAUACUUUGGGCUGAUGAGCGUGUUGUAGCAAAGAACCAUGUAGAUAGUAACUAUAAGCUAGCAAAAGAUGGGCUUUUGUCCAAGGUACCGGUGGUCCCUGGUCAUGUUUACUCUAUCAAUGAUUCCAUGUCAGCAGAGGAAGCCGCCACUGAGUAUGAGUUUGUCCUCCGGCAGCUGGUGAAGACCCGCAUUGUUGGUGUGUCUGAGUGCAGUGACUGCCCCAAGUUUGACCUGAUCCUUCUUGGGAUGGGCCCAGAUGGUCACAUUGCUUCACUCUUUCCAAACCACUCUGCACUUGAUGAGAAAGAUGAGUGGGUGACUUUUAUAACUGAUUCCCCCAAGCCCCCACCUGAGAGGAUUACCUUCACUUUGCCUGUAAUCAAUUCGGCAUCCAAUGUGGCAAUGGUGGUGACAGGAGGAAGCAAAGCAGAGGCUGUACACUUGGCAAUUGAUGACAUGGGACCUGAUUGUCCACAGCUGCCAGCAAGGAUGGUAUGCCCCACCAAUGGGAAGCUGGUUUGGUUUUUAGACAGGCUAGCCGCCUCAAAACUUGAGGCUCCCGAGUUUGCAAAGUAAAAUUCUAUUUUUUGCUUAGUUUAUGUGUGUAUGUUGUAGAGGAAUUUGACAGUGGCUGGUCCUUUGUCUUUUUUUUCCCUUCUCCUUUACUUUUGCUUUUCCUCUUUAAAGGGUGGGGCAGUAUGGUUGUCUUUUUGUAAGAAUAGAUAAAUAAGUCAGGUUCAAAACAAAGGCCGCCUCUGUGUGGGUCUGCUUCAGAAAGGUUGUAAGGAUGGGCAGUCAGUCUUUGUGGGGAACCCAGUUGGUUUGGGAAGGGGAAAUUUAGCUAUUUGUUCAUAUUUACUGGAAAAUAUUAUCAUCAAAUUAACACUAGGAUUUUUCUUUGUUCA